UAUAGAAUGGCACUGACGCAGUGUCACCUUUUAACAAUAAUAAAUAAAUAUUUGCAUUACUCUUUUUUUUAUAAUUGAGUGAAAAUGAGUGGGGACACGGUAUAUGCGCGUCCCAUUAAACACAACGUGUCCAAAAUGCGGGUCCACGAUUAUCUUUACGAUUCGGCGUACAUCGUGUCCGGAGCUCGGGACUACGCGCGCACAGCUUUCAAAGCAGCGAUGGCGUCUGCACAAGUCAUUCUCCAACCAGUUUACAACAGCAUGUUCGCAGAUAUGCAACUCCGCCCGAGGAUGCAAGUCGUGUACCAUCCAAACUGCCGUCUCCCGGACCACAUUGACAGAUCCUAUGGCGCGUAUCUCGAGAGGGUCAAAGAAAAUAGAAAUGUGCCCACACCACAGCUCAGGGGAAAGGACCGGUUUAAAUUUAACGCUGUGUUUUGUUCUUUCAGGCCAAAGAAAGUAAUGCCGUUACCGACGAGCACUCCGGACUUCCACCCGGCGACGCCAUUGAUCCCGGUCAUUCCAACGAAGCCGAGGAACAGAGGGACACAGAGUCUUUACAGAGAAUCGUCAGCGCAAACGAUUCCAUGGCAGCCGGAUGGGAAAGCUAACAGCGAGUGCGAAAAGACACCAGAAAUGUUGUACCUGGACCGACUACAGUGGGGCUACGGUAAGCCCUACCGGAGUGGUGAUUUGCCCGCCGAUUUCCAUACAACGGAAAUAAUAAAUAAGAUGCGUCACGCCCGAGCAUGGACGGAGUUGGUCGAGAGAGGGAUGUUCCCGCGUUGGAUGAAGAAGAGAGACGCCAUCAUAAACGACGUGGAAACCAAGGAUUGGAUAUUCAGAGAGGCUGAGAUAGAUGAGCUGCAAGACAUCCGCCUGGAGUUGCUCCACCGUCUCCAGGCUGAACAGCGACAAAAGAGAACGAAUCGCACCAGCACGAAGCUGGCGAAACUCUGGGACCACAAGAAGCAAGAAAUGCAGAGGAAAGUCGAACAGAUCAGGAAGACCAGGGAUAGAGAGCUUCGUAAGCUGGUAGCACUGCACGAGGGCGGGGGUCGUGUGGGGCUGGUGGCGAGGCUCCGGCACGCCCGAGGUUCUGGCUCCAUGGUCGUGGCGUGUCGUGACCCCACCUCCGACCUCCACGCGCCACUUGCAAGACAUGGGUACCAGGCCAGGAGGAGACAUGCCAAUAUUAUAUAUGAUCCUACGUUGCUAUCAUUAGAAGACCAUAAGGAGUUGAGUGAUGUACCAGCGUGGCUCCAAGAGUGCAGUCUGUGUCUCAAGAAGACUUGUUCAGGUCACCACUUGCCCCAUGACCCUAACACGCUCUGUGAACGACAAACCAAAUGGAGUGAACAGUUCUUGGAGAAUCUUCACAACGAUUUGAAGAAAGCGCGUCUGGGCGCUGCUACGAUGACGGCCGGUCCACUGCACGUGUUGAAGUCUCGAAGGGAACCGGUUGUGGCGAGACCAACAACGCCAGAAGUGGAAUCUGUCGAUGAUCUCGAAGAGGGGUCGCAUCAGGCCGCGCUGGUGCUGCAGAAGAUCAUAAGGGGACGCGCUGUGCAGAAUCUGAUGUAUGAAGGACGUACCCGUGCUGCUGAACUGACCGAGGAGUUGAAGACGACUCACGGUCUUCAGAAAGAGGAUAAAGCACGGAUAUCCAUGGAGGAAUCCAAAGCGAGGGAGUUUAAUGCAAGGAGGACUGAGAUUGAACAGAAGGAUGAUGCGAUCACAGCUCUUGUGGAUGAGCUGUGCGGCGGCGCGGUGUCUGCUGCGCUGGACUUCUUGGAGAAAGAAUUGAGAAGAUUGAAGGAGGAAAGGAGACAACAUGCUUUCCUGCUUAUAGCAAUCCGAGAAAAAACCAUGCGAGAGGCCGCAGAAGCUGGCAGAAGACAGAAAGAAGAGCACAGAAGGAGAGAACACGAUGAAAUGUUUAAACAGAUUGUGGGCGUAACACAAGGUACAGUUGAUGCCUACCUCCGCGAGAUUAUCGACGAAGGCGUUGAGCUGGCAGCCGAGGAGGACGCCAUGAUGCGAGCCAAGGCUGAAGCCCUGAAGUACCAUAACACCAUGAUAGAGAAUGAGGAUCUAUCGACAGCUGACACCAACGAGCUGGUCGCAGAACUUGUCCAGCAGUUCCUGCUGCCGCACACCCAUAAAGAAGCAACUAGGAACCACAUCCAGAAGGUUCAAGAAGCCAAGCUUGAUGCCGCCAGAGCCACCAUCUUUGGACUCGUCGAUAAUGCCAUGAUGAGGAAAGAUGUCUGCGUCCGGUGUGACAUCAACCCUGGCGCUGAAAGAGCCCACAUUUGCAGGAGAUGUCCUCUGGGCACCCAUCCUAAGGCGAGCACUGGUCGUCAUGACCCACGCUGGAAGUAUGCUAGACGUCAAGAGCCGGUGCCCCCGAAACCAAGAGACGAGAGAUUCCCCGUCUCACACGACGUUAGAUGCAUGCUCUCGGAUCUGGUGGCUGAUGUGGUGCUCACCUCUCGGCGGGGCAAAGAGGAAGUGACAGAAGUUAAACGCGUGGUGCACAGCCUUGUGGAAGAGCAGAUGGAACUGAAUCUAGAUAUCAAGCACUAUUUGGAUGUCGCUGUGGACGUGGCGACUGGCGCGACGGUGCUCCCUGUAGCUCGGCGCCCCUACCACUACGUGAUGCAGAGAGUCAUACCCGAUGCCCUGGAGCGGGCCAAGAAACCACCGCCUCUACGGACGUGCCCUACGUUGCUACCUUCAGAGAUUAGACGCCGAAGAGAGGAAAUGGAAGCCGAAGAAGGCGUUUGCAAAUGCGAGGAGGAGGUUGAGAAACCAGUUGAAGAGAAACCGAGGAUCAAGUUUGGUACCCCGAGUCCUCAAGAAAGGAGUAUGUUAUUACCGUCUGAGCUACGAGCUCUCGAACGAUUGAAACGGUGCAAGUGUGACGCCGUGCCCUCUCCCGUUCAAGGCGAGAUAGAAGCUGAAUCCAGCUAUGGUUCAGAAUACACUGAAGCAACGGAUUACUUUACGCCAUUAACCGAAGAGGGCCGAGAGACGGAAGAAGAAGAAAAAACUGAUAAAACUAAUUAAUUUUACUAAUUUUAUAAAGAUUUUAAUGCUUUCCUUUGCCCCUUCGUUUAUAAUCAAAUCUUAAAAGUCAAUUUUGACAUUUCCCACCUGAGCUGAAAAUAAUGACAAUGCAAUAUUGUGAUGCGAUUUUCACAAGAUUGGUAGGAUAUUUCUCUAAUAUUAUUGACAGUGAGUUCCUUACUGAAUUUCCAACCAUUGUAUUGUCAAAAUGCUUAGAAUACGAAUGGUGUCAUUUUAAUCCAAUUUCCAUUCAUUCAUUGGCCAUUGUAUUUACAAUGGCCAACGAAUGACGUUUCUGCUAUUUAGCAGAAACGGGGUCCUGAUGCCUAAUGCUUGAUAACACAACCCAAUCGAGUUUGGAGUCGUUUGAUAAGUCUUUUCGAGUCCAUUUAUCCCAUCCAAAGCUUGAGCUUUCAAAAAUCUAUUUAUUCAAGUUUUUCAGUAAAAGCGUCUUUCAAAUGUAUAUAAUAUUGUUAAUUUCAAGGGGUUACUGAAAGGAUCAAGAAAAUCUGUCUGAAACAUAACGUUUUUUUAGAAUCUAUGAUCUUUUAAAGCAAAACGUCAAACUGCGUUGUUCACACAACUAAAACAAAACUUUACGAUUAUUGACGGUAGACACGCCGAAUUUACAGGGCUAAAUCGCGACUAGUUUCGGGCCCAAACGGAGUCCUUAAUCAUGAGGGAACGUGGGCGUCUCGCGGUCGAAACUAGUCGGGCGUCUCGCAGUCGAAACUAGACGGGCGUCUCGCGGUCGAAACUAGACGGGCGUCUCGCGGUCGAAACUAGACGGGCGAUCUCUAUAGACUGAUAAUCACCUAAUAAAAAUAAUGAACCUUCUUUAGGUACCUACAAUAUCUAUUAUUGUGCUCAUGUGCGGUCAUUACACGACAAAAUAAUAAAAUAGCCUGAAGUUCACGUAACUCAACUGCACGGAUAGCCGAGUGGUUGAGGAUACUAAGCCGAACCCAAUAUGCGUGAUGGGUUCGAUCCCCGCGCGCUGGCUUUUCACUGAACAAGGAUACGACUUGAUACAACUGUCAUUUUUGACAGAUCAUAAUGUAUUUGAAUACUAUAAUCAUGUCAUGUAUUUUGCGAUUAUUUGCUAACUUUAUUAUUUGAAUAAAAUAUUAUUAUAUUAGUCGUUGUAUUUAUUAUAUCCUAGGCUGUGUUCAGAUCGCUAUAUUUCAUAAUAAUAUGGUUUAGGUAGGUAGAGUCGCCAUCACAUAUAUCGUAGCAGACAAGGUGACCAAAUACUUCUGAACAAUUUCAAAUGUCAAUAAGUUCCAUUCGGUACAAGUUACCAUUUAAUAUCUGUUGGCUGUUAUUCCUACAUCUUUGACAGUCGUUACAGGUAG